AUGGACUAUUUGCUAUUCACCACUUGUCUGAUAGAUCAGGUACUCAGUUCUGUUGGUGAUCUAUCGUCGCAUUAUCGCUUCUGUGCUGAUGAGUGUAGACUGAGUUACUCCUGUCCAGGACGAUUUGACAGCUGUGCAUGGUGCUAUGGAUCUUGUUUCCGUUGCCGAUAUUAUUGUAUGUGGGAGUCUGUGGACCACUUUAUGAAGCGAGAUGUACUCGUGCCACAGUUUCAUGGGAAAUGGCCGUUUAUAGCUAUUGAUUUUUCCAUAUUCGACUCGGUGAAUAUUACCAUCCAAGAACCAGCAUCAUUUGUCUUCUCUUUACUAAACUUUUAUUCAUUCUUAUUGUUCUAUAGAAAACUAACAUUCAUGGAACAACUAGAAAGCCAUCGCAUGUGGGCGGUUUACGCUGUUGUGGGUUUGCUGGCUUGGCUGUGUUCGGCCGCUUACCAUGCGAAUGAUUGCUGGUUCACGGAAUAUCUUGACUAUUUUUCUGCUUUUGCUUUUAUACUUUGUGCAUCGUACACAUCUUUUUGUUUCCUUCUGGGCUCCUUAAAUCUACCUUCUACUAGCUUCUGGAACGUGUAUCAACAUUUUGAUUAUGGUUACAACAUGCGUUGUUGCAUAGCUGUUUCUUUGUUCACCACUGCAAUGUAUAUUGUGUAUAUUUCUGCCCGAUGGAAGCGAUUUAGACGAUUCUCACGGUCUGACCGUAUACUUAUUGUGAUAAUAGCGUGGACAAACGGAUCUGUGAUUUUUGAGACUUUCGACUUCGCACCUAUAUUUUGGGUAUUCGACGCUCAUUCACUGUUCCAUGCUGCCACCAUACCUUUACCACUAUAUCUUCACAGUUUUCUUCGAGAACAUUUAUCAGAGAAUGAAUAUCGGAUCGUAAAAAGUGUAUAG